GCCUCUCACUGAACUGCGCUAUGACAAGCGUUCCGAUUUGGGACAGUGUUCAACUUUUUUGUGAGUGACAAACCUACACCAGUUUGAGAAAAGUCACGGACGUCCUGCAAUGCAGUGGCUGUAACCCAUUUUGGCAGCAUUUUGGAUAAUUGUGUUUCAGUUGAGCGGCUUGCUAUGGCUCCAUUCGGGAAGAACUUUCUGAAAGCGCGUUUAAAAAACAGAGCAAAGGACAAAGAUGACAAGGAAACUGUACUAGGGAAGGAGAUCCAGGUGUCUGUGUGUGAUGAGGAGAAAGUGGUAUGCGGUGUUACCAAACACACAACGUGUGCUGACAUAGUGCAGGCCUUGCUGGACGACCACAAGACCAUACCUGAGAACAAGAAAAUUCUGCAUGGCGACCCUAAAGACUUCUGCCUGCUCGAGCGCUGGAAAGGCUUUGAGAGGGCUCUGCCCCCAUUAACCCGCAUCCUCAGGCUAUGGAACGCCUGGGGAGACCAGCGACCGUUCAUCCAGUUCACCCUGGUCAAGGCCAGCGAUUUUGUACCCCAAGCAGGCUGCAAGAAGGGGGCCAAAUUGAAGGGGGCUAAGGGGGCUAAGAGAUGGGAGCAAGGCCCGGCCCAGUACUCCCAGUCACUGCCAGUGGAGAGGCAGAAACGGAUGGUGAAGAAGGCCUUCAGGAAGCUGGAGAAGAUCCAUAAGGAGAAGAGGGUAGUGGGAUCUUCUCCGGGCAGCGAGGAGAUAGACAGGAUGGUUCAGCUGCUUAUCCAACAGGACCACACCAUCCGGCAUCAGAUCCAGAGGAUGAGGGAGCUGGACUGUGAGAUGGAACGCUUCGAGACGGAGCUGCAGGGAGGACAACAGGAUACAGAGCUUCUCCAUGAGGGAUUCUCCUCACUCUCCCCGAUCUCCUUCCCCCACAGCCACAACCAGAACCUGGACAGCCAGCCAGGGGUUUCAGAGCAGGAGCUGUUGCAGGAGUGUGUGUAUACUAGUGACGGUGUGGCCCAGUUGGAGAUGCAGCUGCUCAGGCACGAGGAGCUUAUAGCCCAACUGUCCCAGGACAUCGACGUAGAGCUGACGAGGGCCAUGUUAACGUUGCCGGAGGUCCCCGACAAGGAUACUCAGUUACAGGGGGCAGCGGCAGGGGUAACUUCUGACCCAGACCUGUCCUGGGAAACGGCAGAACUGGAGAGACUGCAGGCCGAACUGAGGCUUAGUCUGCGCACCGGCGUGUCCCUUCACAUCCAAACGGCCCAGCUGGAGAAGGAGCUGAAGGGCUAUGAAUCCACACUGUUCUCCAAGGACCAGGAUUGCUGGCAGCUGGCUUCCCAGCUGAGCACACUGCAGGUGGGGGACAGCGUGCAGGAAACGCCCAGGCUCGGGACUAUGAAAUGCCCGGCCCCAUGCAUUGUUCCACAGGCAGUGAGACUGAAACACAGCCUGUCCCCUACAGAUGUUACAGACACAGACUCAGACACAGGGAUCAGCUCCACACACAGUCAGGACUCACUGUCUCCUUGUCUGGACAUGAUCCUGCCACCGCUGGACACUGAUGUCUGAGAUGUCUGCCUCUCUGGAUUCCCCUCAGAAGGCAAUACACAAUCCCGCUAUAUGCACUAUUUGCCUGGCGGACUAAUUUGAUACUGUAUUAAUCAUUGAGUUACACUGACACAUUUGCUACUUCAAAUGAUAAUAGUAUUUUCUUUCUAUUCCUACUGUUGACGUGCCCAUUGAAUUGACACUUCAUUAAGUAUUAAUAGAUUGGCCAAAACACAAAACAUAAAAUGAUUGUUUUAUAUUAAAACAUUCAGCAGACCUUUGUGGAUGUAGAAUUUUAGCGAUCUGCCUUUGUUAUAAACUGUAAACCAUUAUCUAUUCAUAUUUUCUUCAUAAGCUAUAAGAUAUAAUGUCACAGAGAUUCAUCAAAAUGACAAAAGAACAAUGAGAUGUAAGGGACAACUAUAUUUAUUUGUGUUCUUGUUUUGGAGCAUUAGACUAUUUGUUACUGUAUGUUUAUAUACAUUCCAAAAGCAUAUGAAGCCAAACUCUAGAUUUCUCAAAAUGUGUGCAGGUAGUCACUAUCAUUCAUGUAAAAUGAAAGCCAUUUAAGCUAAAAAAAAUAUAUAUAUAUAUAUAUAUAUAAAUGUACAUUCUUUACUGCAACAAUAAAGGCAUGUUUCUUAACAAC